GGACAGGGGGUGAUGCUGAAGCACGAGGAUCAUCUCCUUCCUGCUGUGGUUCUGAUCCACGUCACGUGCUGUCCGUGCUCUGUCUCAGGUGAUGGCGCUUUCCAAGGCUUCAUUUGACAUGAAACCGCCAUGUUCUGCAGGAACCAGAGGAACCACAGGAACCCAGGUGAGCCCAGGUGAGCCCAGGAUGACUCCUCCUCCUCCCGUCCCAAAACCUCGAGCUCGUUACAUGAGGGACAGUCAGAGCUCCGCCUCCUCUUUGGACAGAGAUGUGACUGAUGAGAAUCUACAACCAUUUUUUUCUAAUGAAGUUCACCUGAGCACAGAUGAAAGUGCUCCUCCUCUUCCUCCUCCCACUGCUUCGGAUUGUUGCGUCGUCUUCCCCACUCUGGCCAGUGUUGCUGACAUCAUCGCUACCAACAUCCCAUCAUUGGCUGGAGUUGCUACUGCCAUCGGAGACUCAGCCCCCCCAGCCACUACCGCCCCCUCUGCCCCCCCCUCCAUAGACAGCAUGGCUAACAGCAUCGCCACCCACAUACCUAGCUUAGUGGGUGCUGCUAGCACUGUGGCUAGCCCAGCUGCUGCUGUGUUAAAUCCCACCACACUUGUACUUGCUUCUAACACAGAUGCAGCUAGCUUAGACAGCAUUGUUAGCUCAUUAGCUAACAUGCCCAGUUUAGCAGGGAUUAUUUGCGGUGAGGCUAACCCUGCUGUUAGUUUAACCCCGUCAGCCCUGCCCCCCUCUGCUGGUGAACCCUACACCCCCUCACUGUCAAGAAUCAGAGUUACCGGAGACCCUGACACAGAUGUUGGGGCACUGUUACAGCUGGUGAUGUCAACGUUGGAUGGGAAUGCAGGAGUCACAUUACCUCCAGUAGAGGGAGCUGCAGAGCCGGCAGACCAAGAAUCUCCUCAAGCCAUCGGAGAAGAAGACCUGUACAUCACUGUGUUGGCGUGUUGGGGAGCUGAGGAAGCUGACUCCGAGUCCUCCAAUGAGGAGGAAGACACAGGAGUUAGCCCUGCCCCCUGUGGAGUGAAUGGACCAAUUGAAGGAGAUCCUGCUUCGAACCCGACUACAGAUACUAACAACGUCCCAACCAGUCCUCCAGGUCGUAUCCUCCCCGCUCGGCCGGCCCCGCCCCCUCCGCGUCAUCCUGGCCAAUCACAAAAGCCAGGGAAACCUGUGAAACAGAAGACGCCGAGAGCGGCCACUAUUCGAGUGUCGAGGAAGAAGGGCGGCAGUGGGAGUUCAACUCCUCAGAGUGCCGUGGUACGGUCCAGCUGGCUGGACGUCUGGAAGGGUUUCAGACAUAAUGUUUUAUGGGCGAAGUUGGACGGACAGCUGAUGUCUCUGUGGAAGAAACGGACAGACCAGUUCAGUGAAGUGUUGUUCCAUGUCUCCAGUAUCACCAAUGUGAAGAAACAAGACAAAGGAAGAUUUUCUGUUUACUUCAGAAAGAAACAUUAUGACUUCAUGGCUCAUAGUGAUGAGGUUCAGGAUGGUUGGGUCACAUCUCUGCUGGCUUCCCGAGGCCAGCCAAGCCCUGCCCCCCCCAAACUGCAUGGACAAAUCACCAUCAAGGACCCACGUAGCCGCGUCUAUGCUGCCAUCUGGGGUCAUGACCUUUGGAUUUACCCCAACAAAGACAGCUACCAGCUGGGCAUCGCCUCCUUCUCUAUCCCCCUGAACGUGGCCAUGGUCAAAUCUACAGGAAGACACUCGUUUACCCUCAUCACUCCAUACAAGAGCUUCAACCUGGCUGUUGAUUCGACGAAGGACCUGUCCCUCUGGUUGGACAGUCUGUCCUCAUCUAUCCGCAGUGCUCUGUCCUGCAGCCAGGUGGCAAUACGUCUGUGGGAAAACCGCUACAACAAGGUGUGUGGUGACUGUGGCUCGGCCAAUCCUGAGUGGGCGUCGGUCAACCUUCUGCUGGUCAUCUGUCAGGCCUGUGCAGGUCAGCAUCGAGCUCUGGGCAGCAAACUGUCGAAAGUCCGCAGUCUGAAGAUGGACAGCAAGGUCUGGACUGAACCACUGAUACAGCUGUUCGUUAUGUAUGGGAACCAGCUGGCCAAUCAGGUGUGGGCUGCAGCGGUGCCGACGGCGGAGCAGCUGCUUCCUGAGUCGUCUGAUGAGGAGAGGUCAAAGUUCAUCCAGGAUAAAUACAGCAGGGGGCGCUACAGACGAGUCCAUGCCCUGACGUCCUCUCUCUCUCUGAUGAACCAGAGGCUGAGUGAGGUCGUCUGUAGUGACAACGUCCAGGAAACAAUGUCGCUGAUCUGCUCAGGAGCAAAGGUGUGUCAGUUGGACCCUCAGAGCCCCUCCCCCAUCCUCCUGGCUGAGAGGGCAGGUCAGGCCUUGCAGACCGAGCUGCUCCGCCUCAACGAGUACACAGAGUUCCCGCCUCACCAGCCCCAGUCGGCCAAUAGGAGACCUGACUCCGCCUCCUCAGGUGAGGAAGAGGAGGAGCUUCAUGGUAAACUGGAAGAAGAUCGUUUUCUCUUCUCAUUAGAAAACGAUUCAGCAGCUUGUGACGUCCUCGACCUGCGAGAGGUUCAGUCAGUGUUCGUCAGAGAAUCAGAUCUUCAGUUUGAGAUGGUGACGUUGAGUGAUCAGCUGAUCUGUGCUGCUGAUGAUAAGGAGGCGUUGGUGACUCACCUGGUUCACAUCCUGAAGGUGAUACUCCCUGGGGGCGUGUCUUAUGCUGAGGUGGGCGGGGCCUCUGCAGUCAGUAAAGUGUGUGUGGUUGAAGUGGAUGGAGCCUCGACUCAUUCUGACGCCUGGUUGAUACUGUGGGAGGACGGAGUCAGCGUUCACCCCGUCGACAGACAUUCACUACAGACUCUGAGGAUGGAACUAAGUGCAUUCAGUCACCAUGAAAUGUGUCCAUCUGAAAACAUCAUCACCAUGGUAACCACAGACAGGAGUGUGUCCUUUCGUUUUGAGCAGCAGCACAGCUGUCAGUCCUGGUCCGACCACCUGCAGAGGGCUCUGACCAAUCAGAGCUCAGCUCUAAACCGUCUUUCUGCAGCCAAUCAGAGCUUCUCUCAUCAGUCUCUGUACCCAGUGAUGGACGUGGGGUCAAGAGGUUCAGUACCGCCCGGCAUCGAACGCUGCAUCUCCCACAUCACAACCCAUGGCCUGAAGGUGGAGGGUGUGUACCGCCGUUGUGGCCUCGCUGCCAAGGUGAACCGAUUGGUGGCGGCUCUGAUGACAUCACCAAGCUCCGCCCCACUGGAAAGUGAUGAGCAGGGCGUGUUGGAUGCUGGCUCCGCCCUCAAACAAUAUGUCCGCCAGCAGGAGAGUUUAAUACCCGACACACAGCCAUGGCUGCAGGCUGCAGUGAUGUCAGAUGAACGCUCCAGGUUUAAAGCGUACCGACAGUUACUACGGCAACUUCCUGAUGACAACCGAGCUACACUGUGUGCUCUGUUUGGACACUUCUACAUGGUCCAGGUGUUCUCUCAGGUGAACAAGAUGUCGGCUCACAAUCUGGCUGUGGUUCUGGUCCCGUCUCUGUUUCAGACUGUGAACCAGGAUCUGCUCAGACUCACCAGAGAGUUCAUCAUCCACCACACACUGCUGUUCCUGACGCCGGAGAAGGAGGAGGAGGAAGAGAUCACCGUCUUCUGAUGAAGAUGAGGAUGAGGAUGAGGAGCUCACGUCAGAGUCGUGUGUCUCAGAUUGUUCUGGUUUUAAAACUCUAUUGUUUUAGUUUUUUCUUCAUUUGAAACAGGUGGAACUGAACUGUCUGAUUUCACUGUGAAAUAUUUCAAGUCACAGUUUUUCUUGGUGUCUGUAGAGUUGUCUUCCUGCAGGGACAGCGCCCCCUACAGUGUCUCUGUCUCAUGUCUUCGCUGUAAUCUGAUGUGUGCUUCAAAUAUCAGUUUAAAUAGUUUGUGAACAAAUCUUCAAAGACACGUAAAAAUCUGCAGCUGCAGUUUAAUGAUAUAUUUACUGACAGAAUGUAAACUGAAGAGUCCUGAUCACUGAAAUCAUUAAAUCAUUAAAGAAAUUUAUUUUAAAUCA